CUUGAAACAUCUGGAAUUUAACCGCUAUGUGUGCAUAAACGAGUUUCUCAAUGAUAUAAAAGUCGAUCAGCUUAUUAACCAGAUAUAGGCUAUAGGCUCACUGUUACAAUAAGAUACAAUAAGAUUUCCUCCGAUAACAAGAAGAAACAAAGUUUACUUUAGUCUUAUAGAGGACAAACGUUUGAACAAAAUUUUCAAACAAUUUUGAAAAACAUAACUUCAAUUAAACAAAAUGAAAGGAGCAAUUUUAAGCUGUUGUGUCGUAAUGAUUGCUGUUUUCUUGGUAUCGCAAGCAAUUCCCGAGAACCGUUGGAAUUUUGACGAAGGUGCGAACGAAAUGGAUUUUAACGAGGUGCAGAAACGCUCUGACUUGGAACGACCAAAGCGGAUAUGUGGAGUAGGAAGCCGUAGGCAAGGCAGAUGUAAGAUGAGGGUAAGAUUUUAUAUGUUUUCGUUAUAUUGUAUUCGCGCAUUCAAUGAGGUAAAGUUGUUACAUGUAUAAAAGUCGAACAAUAUAUGCUUACAUAAGCUUCGUGGUUGAUAUUUAAGUUAACAAGACCCUGCCAUUAGCAGGAUUAACUCGUGCCAGUGUAAGUGAAAUACGUGCGGAAACAUUAAGGCAUCAUACCAGCAUGCAUAUUGGAACAACUGAACGAUAUUUGCAAGAACCUAUAUACUUAUACAAUGCUAUCUUACAACAAGGGUUUUGUUAUAACUAUAACAACUCAACUACAACAACAAUUAAAUGACAACUCGGUCAAUUACAAUGCGAUAUUCAAGAGGUUAUGAAUGACCUCUCCAGACAAUCGAUUAGCGAGGGAGUCGAGCUGAAUGAGUCUAAAUGUAAGGAGGUGAGGAGCAGUUUCGCACGGAGGAAACCAGAAUUCAAUCCGUUAGUGAUGAACAGUAAGCCUUUAGAGAUAGUACAACUGGUGUAAAAGUGUUAGGACUAAAUAUCAGUAGUGAUUAAAAUGGAACAUGCAUAUACUACCGAGUAUAUGAACUAGUUCAGAAAGUUAUAACUCUAUAUAUAUAGACUGUUUUUUCUGAAGUAACUAAAGAUCGAGCAUGAGUUGCACCACAAAGGGAGUUAACUGACUCUGUUUUAUGUCACUUGUUUUGGUUCCAUCCUCGAAUACGCAUCUCCAGUCUUCCACCUCAGCCUCCCAGCAUUCCUAAGUGACGACCUGAAGAGGCUACAGAAACGCGCUUUAAUCUUAAGAAUUACCUAUCCAGAUAUACCUUACAGUAUCGCUCUCGAAGUUUCAAGAAUUUCAACACUUUUUGAAAGAAGAGAAACAACUGAAGCACAUGCACCUUUUUAAUGACCCACAACAUCGUCUCCACAAUUUACUUCCUGCUAUCGGAACACAUGCAAAUAAUUACUCAUUGAGGAACACAACGAAUUUCGUACGCCCCUUAUGUAUAAGACCGAGCGUUGUAAAAACAGUUUUAUUCAAAGGUAUAUAUUUAUAGCUUGUAGACAUUUUAAUCUAUUAUAAUUAGAUAUAUCUAUGUUUUGUUAAAAAAAUAAAUUCAAAGAUUUUUUAUUGAAUCUCAUUGACAAGUUUAUGGUUCUCCAAUCGCAGUGAGUUGAAACAAUAUUUUUCACAUAAAUAAUAUUUAAAAGGCAGCACACCGCUGGAAAACUAAAUCGUUAUGCUUUAAAAUGAAUCUAAAGAUUAUUUUUGAAAUUUACAUUUGGACUGAGGACUUCGUUUCAUAUGUUCGUCUUACAUGGUAUUAAAUUUUCGUAACAUUAUCCGAGGAGAAGGGAAUAUAAUCAGUAAGCUAUAGGAGAAUAUGUGACAGCAAAGUUACAUGCAUAUAUACAAUUAUAAGAGAAUAAUUGCUAAUUUGUGCUUAUUAUAAUGCGGGAGGUAUAGCAAGAUCUUGAUGAAAGUGCUAGAUAAUCCAUUGGAGUUGAUAUAUCUUAUUACGUCCUUAGCAGACGUGUAAUGACUUGGCCGAGACUUUGAUCUGGUGUUUUGCACAUUCGCCCUGGAAAUUAAUGACAGCAGAGCAUAUAAUUGUCUCCCCCGAAUAAAGCCCCUAAAAUUCCAGCCAAUAGCUACUGUGCUAGUGAAUAGACAUUUUUGGUUAAAAUCUGUUUACUUUAUAUCCAAUAAAAUUUCCUUAAAAGUUUAAAUUCAUAUGAUUGUUAAGAUACAUUUUUUUUCAAUGUCACGUAUUUGCGAUAAAAAGUGUUCAAAACCGAAAAUCUUUCUGGCGUUUCUCUCAAAAUUACUUUGUUUUAGCUUUAUUCUCUAGUUUAUAUAGUUAGAAACUUUUUUAAAUGCAUCUGCCGGUGGAGAAACAUAAAAUAAUAGUUAAAAAUUGUCAAUUAAAAUACAAUUAUCAAUGAUGCUUGAAAAUUGACGCCAUAUUUAUACAGCCAUAUAAGCGAAACUUACUGAACUUCAGACAUCAUUUUCUCUUUGGCGUAUCAUCUAAAAUCACUUCAUUUUAGCAUUAUUUAACAGAUAAAGCACCAAACAUACUUUUUAAGUUUGUUUGCCGAUUGAGUAACGUAUAUCCAGGGAUGUCGCGAAACCAUCAACAUUGGGGGGGGGGGGUCGUCAUGUUUUUACCAACAUUUCCUAGGAUUUUGACCAGGUCCAAGUGGUACAAAUGUUUCCCUAAAAUGUUGUCGACGAGGAGGGGGAGGGUGGUGACCAAAAACAUUUUCUGGACUAACAUAAGGAUAGUCAAAAAAAUGUUUCCGGACUGACAUAAGCAUAUUCAAAAUUUUCCGACCAAGAUAAGCAAAGCUUCCAAUUAUUUCACCGAAAACAUAACAAAAGCUUUAACAUUUUUAAAAUUGCGAACCAUUUCAUAACUUUGAGUAACUUCGACCAUCUUUUAUCCCAAACUUUGAUCAAAUUUUUCCGAGUUUUACCUUCAAUUUUAAGCAAAUAUCAGUUCCAUUUUGACCAACUUUGGGCAAAUAUCAGUUCCACUUUGACCAACUUUGACCGACAUUUGAAUUAUUGGGGGGGGGGGUGUUACACCCAUCCCCCCCCCCCACACACACACACACCCUCUCCCCCAUAUAGCGACGUCCCUGCCUAUAUCGAACAAUAAAAAUUUUGAAUUUAGUCAUAACCUCAAGUGAUAUAUUAUAUAUACGCAUUAAUUUUGAGCGCGUGUUAUGUAACAUACAAAAAAAUCUCCUCUUAAUAACUAAUAGUAUGAUCCCGAUGAUCCGCAAGGCAGGAUUAGUUUUUAUGGCCAGUUUAUUCUUAUAACAAGCCUUUUGAAGCUGUGAAAAACUGAUUCUAUACAGUAUGGGCAUACGAAUUUUUCGGCUAUUGUUUCACUCAAGCACCAAUCAUUCUAUAUUGAUUCCUAUUUGAAUUUUUGUGUCCAAACAGUAAUAUAUAAAUAAUAUCAAGUUCUAUAAUUGUCAUAUUAUCGCAUCGAAAUAAAAUCACAUGGCUCAACAGGUAAAACUGUACCUUUAUACAAACAUUACAAAAAUGAAGUGCCGUAGAAACAUAAGAUUCGAUUUCCGGGAAACAUACAAUUGGUCAAAGUAAAACGCUCGAAAAAUAAUUAUGCUGUUGUGGAAUAAACGGCCAGUAAAACAUGGUCAAUUUUCUAUGCAAUUUCUGGUCGUGCAUGAAGUCUAUGCACGAAAGUCUGCUCGGAUUGUACUAGCGUCUUUACCUCAAUAAUGAUAAUACUUAUGAUAUUCCAUCUACUUCAUUUUAGGACGAGUAUUACAAACGCAAAAUGGUUUUCAGGAUAUGAAAAUAUUCCAGUUGAAAUGUUGGUUUGGUUCGGCGAAGAAACGACGGAUAAAUGAGAAAAUACAAUACAACAAUAGAUUCUAACUUAUAUUGUAUGUUGAAUAUAUAUUAUCACAUCGUAGUUUUGUUUUGAGAACAAUAAAUAAUGAACAAUUUGACGAAUUUAUUAUUGGUAUAUAGUGUGUAGUUCACAUAUUAUAGAAUGAUCUGCACAUAAAUAGCAUGCAUAAAUAAAGAAAUUAAAAGCAUAUAUACACGCUCACUGAGCGCUCUGGCAAGGUUUUGAUGUCCCACAUUCUUGAGGCAUUAAAGGUAACUGUAAAUAGCAGUUACUUUCGUCCUGCGCAUCAGCACUACAUUGAUGAUGCCCAUAAGGCCAAAAUGGUUACCGUCUG